UCUUUUUAUUCAUGAAAAUGUUAUUCAUUUCCAACAGAAUUAGCACUUUUCUUAGUGGGACAUGUUUUUGGCAAAGUUUCAAGAUUCAGUGACAUGUUAAACAGUCGGCCUAUUUACACUCUUGCUAUUACGAAAUCCCUGAAAUCUGAGCAGAGUGGGUUGUGCAAUACUGAAGCAGAGCAGAUAAAGGGAAUGUAGUGGUGAUAAGAUCAUGUUUACGUCUCAGUGAAUAUUGAAGAGGGUCCAAAUGCACCUGCUGAACUCUGAUAGAGGGUACAUUAAAUGAUGGAUUGAUGGGAUCCUCAGAGAAGAUGUUUGACUGGGACGAGGAGUGGAACAUCUCCUUUGCAGGCUGUGGCUUCAGGAAUGUUUAUUACCUGGGUGCUCUGAGCUGUUUCCUCCAGAGAGUCCCGCGCCUCGUCCACGGAGCUUCCAAGAUCUGCGGAGCCUCGUCCGGGUGUCUGGUGGCUGCAGCUCUAACCGUGGGGAUUCCCAUCGAGCAGCUCUGUGCUGAUGUCCUGACCGUGGCGAGAGAAGCCAGGAAACACACUCUGGGGGUUUUCCACCCGAGCUUCAGCCUGCUGCUGACGGUCAGGGACUCGCUGCUGGAGAAGCUUCCGGAAGACGCUCACCUGCGGGCGUCAGGGAGGCUCUGCGUGUCCCUCACCAGACUGACUGAUGGGAAAAACGUCCUGGUGUCAGAGUUCGAAACCAGAGAGGAGCUCAUCCAGGUUCUGCUGUGCAGCUGCUUUUUCCCUGUUUACUGUGGCUUCACCCCCCCUUCAUACCGUGGAGUGUACUACAUGGAUGGCGCUCUGAGCAACAACAUGCCUCUGUUCGAGCAGAGGAACACCAUCACUCUGGCUCCGUUCUCCGGAGAGAGUGACAUCUGCCCCAGAGCGGGAAGGUUCAACUUCAUCGAGGUGCACUACGGCAACGUGAGCAUCCAGGUCACCACCGGCAACGUGCACCGCAUCUGUACGUCCUUCCUCCCCCCCAGCCUGGAGGAUCUAGCCGAGAUCUGCCACAACGGCUACAUGGAUGCUCUUCGUUUCCUGAGAGAGAGAGAUCUGCUGGGAACACAGAGCCUUCGUCCCGGAUUGAUUGUGGAACCAGACUCAGUGAACCCCACUUGUUGUGAGCUUUGGAAAAAUAGAGAUCAAGGGUCAGAGGAGUUCCUGCUGAACGGACUCAACUCUAAAGAGGAAGAGGAUUGGUGGCUGGGCCUGAAAGUAGAGAACCUCCCUGCUGGCAUCAAGAAAGUGCUGUGUGAGGCGUGCAGGGACAGUCAUGGUGGUGACUCUCGAGGGACUCGGCUCAUGGAUUUUCUUCCGGUGAAAGUGGUUUUAUAUCUGCUGACUCUCCUGCUGCUUCCCGUUGAGAUUACCUUCUCUCUCACCAAAAGCUUGAUAUCAUCCCUGUUGACCUCCACUGGAGAUCUCUUCAGGAACACAUCGAGCAGUGGAGGCAAGGACAUGAACAGUGCAUUUCCAGAGCAGCAGUCCUUUAACUCAGACCUCAGAAGCAGAACAGGAGGAAACACAGACAAUAAACCCAUUACCUCAAAGACUACAAACUCCAAUAAAUCUCUUAACUGGGACAACAACGGAAACCUGGACCUCUUUUCCUUCAACUCCACGGGUCCCACCAGCUCCCCCUCGUUUAGCACACCUGAUGAAGCGUCUUUAAACCACAGAAGGUAACGGACACUUGAUGAGCCGUUAACCACGCACAAAAAGCACAUUACCAUUACAAAUGGGAGACCUUUUAUGAAAGGAAUAUAUCUAUAUGAGUAGCUAAAUUAAUAUUUAUUAACACGUCUGUGUAUGAAAUGCUUUUUUAGUUUAUGUUUUAAUCAUGUGAAUCAACUCACAAACUUCUGAGGUGCAGACCAAAAGCUUAAAGGGACAGUUCACCUAGAAAUCAACCUAACCUGUUAACGACCUUUAUUAAUCCAGGUGGUUUUGGUGUGAGUUGUCGGCUGUAGUGAAAGAAUAUACUGGAAUUAGUUGGCAGUCUGGUGCUUAAAGUGUCAAAAAAAAAGGGAAUUUUAAAAUCCUGUUUAUAAUAACACAAUUUUUCCCUAAAUGUUCCUCAGAGCAAAAUCGGUGCUUUAACCUUUAAAGUGCUCACAUCAAGGUCUUUGGAUAACCUUGAGGAACCAUUUGACUAACUUGAUUUUAGGGUCCCUUUGACACAAAUGUUCGUAAAGAUAAUAAUGAAAGGAAACGACAAUAGAUGUUGAACAAAGUCAAUAAGCGCACCUUUUAGGACAUUUGGGCAUGUAGGACUAUCGGCUAAAUGAAGCCAUUUCACUGCCAAAGCACAAUGAACGCCCUGCUGCUCUGAUUGGUCAAUUCAGACCAUGUGACACGUUGUUAAUCCAGUAGUACAGACCGCUGUCAAGGAUUUUAUUGACCGUUGGUAAGGAGGAUCAAGAGAGAGAAGGGAAAAUAAGUUAAAAGACGGAGCGCUGGACGGCAGAUAAAUCACCAGAAGAAGACGGACAGGAAGUAAACACUAACAGGAACACGGUAUUGGCUCUGCAGUGUUUAAGAACUUGUUAGUGGAUCAGAAACUGUGAACAGCUUUGAACAGUUAGAGAAAACCGCCAUCAGUGCUGCCGUAAAGUUGUUGUUGUUGUCGCAGUUCCAGCCGUUGGUGCGCCGUGAAACGGAGUUUUUUUUCUUAACGGAAGAAAAACAAUCAUUUUUGAGUCAAUAAAAUAAUUUCAAUUAAUAUUGGGAGUCGAGUCGUUAGUUUGUUUAGUAUCUGGCCGUGUAAUAAGCGGGAUAAUAUGUAGCGAGGCGGUCAUAUGGGGAAAAGAACAACAGACAGGCUUAUCAGGGAGCCCGACGCGAAGGAAUCUUGAUCAGUAAACGCCUGAAACAAUUCAGUGGAAUUCAUUAAAAAGACUUAAUGUUGUUUUUUAUAUGAUCUAUAGAGGAUGCUCAGUGGUCAAAAGUUAAAACCAUGUUACUGUCAAGACCUGUUUCAGAAUCUAACAGAUCUUUGUUAAAGUUCGAUAUAGUGUACUUACAUGUUUGUUUUGUAAGAGCGAAGAUGUUCAAUUAAAUGGUAAAAAACAGAGAAACAUCUCCUUAUUUUAGAGGCUAGACUCAGCUUUUUUUCCCUUUACAUUUAUGCACGAAAAAAGUAUCCAGUAAUAGAGUGAUUGUUUGGUUGACUUGCUUUAGCAGCUCAAAUGACUGAAAAGUGAUCCAAUAAUAUAGCAAAAGCAUCAUCAAGACAUUUAAUGGAAAAAUGUUUCCUAAAAUUCCUUGUGAAUGACAUUUUCAUAAACAUACAAAACAAUUCUAAAAUUCCUAAAAGCAAAAAAAUGUGGUGGUCAAAGAUUAAAAUAUAACCUGUAACAUUAUAUUGAAAGGCUCGCCGGGAAUCCCCUUCUGUGGAAAACAUGCUGAGUGUGUUUUCUGCAGCGUGGUCAGUUCAUAGCACCAUGAAUUUACACAUUAAUGCUAGCUAAAUCCUCAGUAAGGAUCACAUGUGCUCACACUGGUAAAUCAAGCUUUUAAAAUGUUUCCUCUACCGUCAGAACAGUAGACGUGAAGGUUUCCUCUUACUGCAUCACAGUGCAGUAUGGUACAGUACAAAGGCAAAACAAACGCUUAAUCACAUGACCUUCUCCGAGGACAGUCACGCAUCAUUGUCAAGUCCCUGAUUUCACAUAUUUAAAAAGACUGCCGUGAAGAUGAUCAAACAGGAAUACAAGAUCACAAACCAAAAAAAAAAGUGCAGAAAAGAUAUUCUGCAAGACCUCUAAAAAAGGAAAAGUCCAUCUAAGUGUGUUUACUCCACCCGGACACUAGUGAAAGAAAAAAUGAUCUAAAAGUUGAGAAAUCAGUCUUUUCAUUAUACGCCUGCAUCCUUUGGUCCCCCGCUGAUGUCUGGGAUCUGAUCCGCGAAGGACUGAGUCAUCCACUGUCCGUCGGGCAGCUGGCCCUCUGGGAUCUGUGACGUGGUCGCCUCCUGCGCUCCUUCUGAAGACACACAACACACACAUUGAAGACCCGGGCUGAGGUUCAUCUGACACAACUGAUUGUCUAUCAUGUCUAUCCUGAUAGAUGAAGCCAAAAGGAUAGCGCCUUAAAAACUGGCUACGUUUUAUUUUCAGUAUUCUGAAACACUUCAGGAGAGCAAAUCUAACAUGAGAGGUUGUGUUUGUCAUUCUAAAUAAAUACAAUGAAACAAAUGAUUGUGUUUAAGUGCUUAAAGAAACCAGGACUAAAGUAAUUAUCUAAUAUAAUCUCGGUAAUACUGAGAAACCAGGUUAUAGGAGACACUGUUUUGUAACCACUUUGAAAAGGGUUUUUUUUAAGGUUCAACGCCAACUAAUAUGGAUCGUAGCUGAAUAUUUUCAUUCACAACUUUGUGAAUGUGACUACCUCUUUGUGGACUUUACAACCUUCUGGACAUAUCACAAGACUAUUAAUUAAUCCUAUGCAGCCACCACGGGAAUCAAAGUCUUCAAAUAUUAUAUUAAGUUUAGCCAAAAAAAAAACAGGAUCAUGACAUGCAAAAAUAAAAUAAGAAAUUUGACUUUGCAGAAGAAAUCUGGCUUGUAGAAUCAUGUUCCUUUAUUUCCCUACCCCGUGAAUCAUAAAUAUACCUGAUAUUUUAUAACACUGCAGAUUGCCAGCUGUAAUCCUGUUACAUAUAAUCCUGUUAUGCUAUAUCAAAUCUUUAGGAUUAUUUCCCUUAAAAGCUGAACCGGUACAUGUAUCAUCAUGCUGAACACUCAUUUCAAUGGACAUUUUAUUUCAACAACCUACAAUGGAUUUAAUAAAAGUGGAGU